GUUAUCACAACCGGAAGUUGUUCGCUUGCUUGUUAGCUGGCACAACUAAAAAACAAUUAUGUUUGGCACAAAAAUUACACACAUCAAACUAUAACUUUAAAUGUAUUACAUCGCAGGUAUUUUUAUUAAAUAAAUAAAUAAAUAAAAUGACAAUUUAAAAAAUAAAAUAAAAUCCCACUAACCGGAAGUUUGUCACCCUAACCGGAAGUAAUGUCCUUCUAUAAUAAAUACAUGGUUAUUGUUGGCUUGUUAGCAAGCGGAUGAGCUCACAAGAUGGCGGCAUGACUGAGUAAUAACGUCGUAUUACAUGCUUAUUAUCUGGUUAUUAUCGGCGGAAAAAGACAGUGAUGGAGAAUGGAGACAGGUCUGAUGCUGCCUCCAACAACCACUCAGGCACGCUACACUUGCAGACUCCCAAGAAUGAAGAGAUUUAUGAGAUCACAAUACCACUGGAAGAAAACCACUUUGAGCAGCAAGGAUUCUUCAACCAAACUGACACAAGCUUUGAGGAGUGUGCGCCCCCUGCUGGCCGCUCCUACAUGCUGGUCAGCAGCCUGCGCACGCAGCUGCAGAUCUCUGCGGAGAAGAACUCCUGGCUGCAGAAGAGGAUCCAGGACCUGGAAGAGGAGCGGGACUUCCUUCGCUGUCAGCUGGAACGUUUCAUCGCCUCCACCAAGAACCAGGACUACGAGCCCAGAAGGUUCUCCUGGAGACCAAGGAGACAGGAGGAACGUCCUGCGGAACAACAGACCACAGACCCGCCACACUUUCCCCCCCAGCAGUUUUUCCAGCGAAGGCCGUCUGCUCCCGCUGCGACCCCCACCAAGAACCACGUGUCCAACGCCAUGACCAACCACCUGGCCUCCAUGAACACACUCUUCACCUCCGCACAGUCCCAGGCGCUCUUCCAAGGCCUCGCCACUGCUGGGAAUUCAACCAGCAGCAGCGGUGGCGGCGGCAGCAGCAGCGGCGCCGCCAGGCUAAACGGCCAUCGCAACUUAACUCCGGAUUCUUUUGUCCUGCUGGGAGAAGGCGAAGAGUACGUGGGGCAUGAGGGCUUCCUGCAGGAGGAGGAAAUGCUCCCUGCCGACGACGGCAUCAGCAUCAACAGGCAGCAGUUGAAGAGAAGGCGUAUAUUCCGAGGCCUUAAAGAGCGCCAACGAGUCAAAGACGCCGCCGGGGUGCUCUUCCGCUACAAGAAGAUCCUCCUCACCUUCCAGCGCCUGAAGAACAUGUCCAAGGCCUUCCAGAUCCACGGCGUGGACCGCAACACGGUGGCGUCCACCACGCCCAUCGCCGAGCUGCUGCUGGUGGCGCCGGAGAAGGUGGCGCUGGUGGGCGAGUUCGACCCGUCCAAAGAGAAGCUGCUGGACUACGCUCGCCGCUGCUACUCGGCGCUGGACGAGGAGACGCUGAGCCGCGUGCAAGCCUUGAAGAAGAACAACCUGCUCCUGCCCAUUUCCUACAGGUUUCGAACAGGCAGUCUCACAGAAAGCCCCAAUAAGGUGAUCUCAACCUUAUAGGCUGAAAGACCAGGUCCUGGACUCUCUGGUCCUGGACUCGCUGGUCCUGGACUCAUCGCCACGGCACAGAUCACUAACGACCAUUCACUCUUUCACACAUUAGCCAUCAUUUGUUCAUGCAACCAACCUUGCUACGCAGCAAAGAAGAAGAAGAAUUAUUUAACCUUUAAUCCAACACACUUUAUUGAUAUCGAUUACGUCUAUUGAUAUCGUUUUAUGGCCCAGCCCUACUAAUUUGCAUAUAAUACAUGUUUUCUUGCCUGCCCAAACUCCGAUCUUCAUCAUGUAAGAAUAACAAUUAUUGAACAUUUUAUCGAACACACUUUAUUGAUAUCAAUUACGUCUCUAUUGAUAUCGUUUUAUGGCCCAGCCCUACUAAUUUGCAUAUAAUACAUGUUUUCUUGCCUGCCCAAACUCCGAUCUUCAUCAUGUAAGAAUAACAAUUAUUGAACAUUUUAUCGAACACACUUUAUUGAUAUCGAUUACGUCUCUAUUGAUAUCGUUUUAUGGCCCAGCCCUACCAAUUUGCAUAUAAUACAUGUUUUCUUGCCUGCCCAAACUCCGAUUUUCAUCAUGUAAGAAUAAUAAUUAUUUAAACCUUUUAUCGAACACACUUUGUUGAUAUCGAUUACAUCUCUAUUGAUAUCGUUUUAUGGCCCAGCCCUACUAAUUUGCGUAUAAUACAUGUUUUCUUGCCUGCCCAAACUCCGAUCUUCAUCAUGUAAGAAUAACAAUUAUUGAACACACUUUAUUGAUAUCGAUUACAUCUCUAUUGAUAUCGUUUUAUGGUCCAGCCCUACUAAUUUGCAUAUAAUACAUGUUUUCUUGCCUGCCCAAACUCCGAUCUUCAUCAUGUAAGAAUAACAAUUAUUGAACAUUUUAUCGAACACACUUUAUUGAUAUCGAUUACGUCUCUAUUGAUAUCGUUUUAUGGCCCAGCCCUACUAAUUUGCAUAUAAUACAUGUUUUCUUGCCUGCCCAAACUCCGAUUUUCAUCAUGAAAGAAUAACAAUUAUUGAACAUUUUAUCGAACACACUUUAUUGAUAUCGAUUAUGUCUCUAUUGAUAUCGUUUUAUGGCCCAGCCCUACUAAUUUGCAUAUAAUACAUGUUUUCUUGCCUGCCCAAACUCCGAUCUUCAUCAUGUAAGAAUAACAAUUAUUGAACAUUUUAUCGAACACACUAUAUUGAUAUCGAUUACGUCUCUAUUGAUAUCGUUUUAUGGCCCAGCCCUACUAAUUAGCAUAUAAUACAUGUUUUCUUGCCUGCCCAAACGCCGAUCUUCAUCAUGUAAGAAUAGAAAUGAUUGAACAUUUUAUCGAACACACUUUAUUGCCUUCGAUUACGUCUCUAUUGAUAUCGUUUUAUGGCCCAACUCUACUAAUUAGCUUAUAAUACAUGUUUCCUGCCCAAACUCCGAUCUUCAUCAUGUAAGAAUAACAAUUAUUGAACAUUUUAUCGAACACACUUUAUUGAUAUCGAUUACGUCUCUAUUGAUAUCGUUUUAUGGCCCAGCCCUACUAAUUUGCAUAUAAUACAUGUUUUCUUGCCUGCCCAAACUCCGAUCUUCAUCAUGUAAGAAUAACAAUUAUUGAACAUUUUAUCGAACACACUUUAUUGAUAUCGAUUACGUCUCUAUUGAUAUCGUUUUAUGGCCCAGCCCUACUAAUUUGCAUAUAAUACAUGUUUUCUUGCCUGCUCAAACUCCGAUUUUCAUCAUGUAAGAAUAAUAAUUAUUCAAACCUUUUAUCGAACACACUUUGUUGAUAUCGAUUACAUCUCUAUUGAUAUCGUUUUAUGGCCCAGCCCUACUAAUUUGCAUAUAAUACAUGUUUUCUUGCCUGCCCAAACUCCGAUCUUCAUCAUGUAAGAAUAACAAUUAUUGAACAUUUUAUCGAACACACUUUAUUGAUAUCGAUUACGUCUCUAUUGAUAUCGUUUUAUGGCCCAGCCCUACCAAUUUGCAUAUAAUACAUGUUUUCUUGCCUGCCCAAACUCCGAUUUUCAUCAUGUAAGAAUAAUAAUUAUUUAAACCUUUUAUCGAACACACUUUGUUGAUAUCGAUUACAUCUCUAUUGAUAUCGUUUUAUGGCCCAGCCCUACUAAUUUGCAUAUAACACAUGUUUUCUUGCCUGCCCAAACUCCGAUCUUCAUCAUGUAAGAAUAACAAUUAUUGAACAUUUUAUCGAACACACUUUAUUGAUAUCGAUUACGUCUCUAUUGAUAUCGUUUUAUGGCCCAGCCCUACUAAUUUGCAUAUAAUACAUGUUUUCUUGCCUGCCCAAACUCCGAUUUUCAUCAUGUAAGAAUAAUAAUUAUUUAAACCUUUUAUCGAACACACUGUGUUGAUAUCGAUUACAUCUCUAUUGAUAUCGUUUUAUGGCCCAGCCCUACUAAUUUGCAUAUAAUACAUGUUUUCUUGCCUGCCCAAACUCCGAUCUUCAUCAUGUAAGAAUAACAAUUAUUGAACAUUUUACCGAACACACGUUAUUGAUAUCGAUUACGUCUCUAUUGAUAUCGUUUUAUGGCCCAGCCCUACCAAUUUGCAUAUAAUACAUGUUUUCUUGCCUGCCCAAACUCCGAUUUUCAUCAUGUAAGAAUAAUAAUUAUUUAAACCUUUUAUCGAACACACUUUGUUGAUAUCGAUUACAUCUCUAUUGAUAUCGUUUUAUGGCCCAGCCCUACUAAUUUGCAUAAAAUACAUGUUUUCUUGCCUGCCCAAACUCCGAUCUUCAUCAUGUAAGAAUAACAAUUAUUGAACAUUUUAUCAAACACACUUUGUUGAUAUCGAUUACGUCUCUAUUGAUAUCGUUUUAUAGCCCAGCCAUACUAAUUCGCAUAUAAUACAUGUUUUCUUUCCUGCCCAAAUUCCGAUCUUCAUCAUGUAAGAAUAACAAUUAUUGAACAUUUUAUCGAACACACUUUAUUGAUAUCGAUUACGUCUCUAUUGAUAUCGUUUUAUGGCCCAGCCCUACUAAUUUGCAUAGAAUACAUGUCUUUUUCCUGCCCAAACUCCAGUCUUAAUCAUGUAAGAAUAACAAUUUUUGAACAUUUUAUCGAACACACUUCAUUGAUAGCGAUUACGUCUCUAUUGAUAUCGUUUUUAUGGUCAAGCCCUACUAAUUGUUAUAUAAUAUUGUACAUGUUGUCUUGCCUGCCCAAACACAGAUUGCCAUCAUGUAAGAAAAAUAAGUAUUGAACCUUUUAUUGAACACACGUUGUUGAUAUCGAUUACGUCUCUAUUGAUAUCGUUUUAUGGCCCAACUCUACUAAUUAGCAUAUAACACAAGUUUCCUUUCCUGCCCAAACUCCGAUUUUCAUCAUAUAAGAAUAACAAUUAUUGAACCUUUUAUCGAACACACUUUAUUGAUAUCGAUUACGUCUCUAUUGAUACCGUUUUAUGGCCCAACUCUACUAAUUAGCUUAUAAUACAUGUUUUCUGCCCAAACUCCGAUCUUCAUCAUGUAAAAUAACAAUUAUUGAAUGUUUUUAUCGAACACACUUUGUUAAUAUCGAUUACGUCUCUAUUGAUAUCGUUGUAUAGCCCAGCCAUACUAAUUCGCACAUAAUACAUGUUUUCUUUCCUGCCCAAAUUCCGAUCUUCAUCAUGUAAAAAUUACAAUUAUUGAAUCUUUUAUCGAACACACUUUAUUGAUAUCGAUUACAUCUCUAUUGAUAUCUUUUUAUGGCAUAGCCCUACUAAUUAGCAUAUAGUACAUGUUUUCUUUCCUGCCCAAACACAGAUCGCCAUCAUGUAAGAAUAGAAAUGAUUGAACGUUUUAUCGUACACGCUUUAUUGAUAUCAAUGACGUCUCUAUUGAUAUCGUUUUUAUGGUCAAGCCCUACUAAUUUGCAUGUAAUACAUGUUUUCUUGCCUGCCCAAACCCCGAUUUUCAUCAUGUAAGAAUAGAAAUGAUUGAACGUUUUAUCGAACACUCUUUAUUGAUAUCGAUUACGUCUCUAUUGAUAUCGUUUUAUGGCCCAGCCCUACUAAUUUGCAUAUAAUACAUGUUUUCUUUCCUGCCCAAACUCCGAUCUUCAUCAUGUAAGAAUAAAAAUUACUGAACGUUUUAUCGAACGCACUUUAUUGAUAUUGAUUACGUCUCUAAUUAUAUUGUUUUAUGGCCCAGCCCUACUAAUUUGCAUAUAAUACAUGUUUUCUUUCCUGCCCAGACUCUGAUCGCCAUCAUGUAAGAAUAGAAAUGAUUGAACGUUUUAACGAACACACUUUAUUGAUAUCGAUUACGUCUCUAUUGAUAUUGUUUUUAUGGUCAAGCCCUACAAAUUUUUAUAUAAUACAUGUUUUCUUGCCUGCCCAAACUCCGAUCUUCAUCAUGUAAGAAUAAUAAUUAUUCAACCUUUUAUCGAACACACUUCAUUGAUGUCGAUUACGUCUCUAUUGAUAUUGUUGUAUGGCCCAGCCCUACUAAUUAGCAUAUAAUACAUGUUUUCUUUCCUGCCCAAACUCUGAUCACCAUCAUGUAAGAAUAGAAAUGAUUGAACAUUUUAUCGAACACACUUUAUUGAUAUCGAUUACGUCUCUUAUGAUAUCGUUUUUAUAGUCAAGCCCUACUAAUUUUUAUAUAAUACAUGUUUUAUUGCCUGCCCAAACUCCGAUCUUCAUCAUGUAAGAAUAAUAAUUAUUCAACCUUUUAUCGAACACACUUCAUUGAUAUCUAUUACGUCUCUAUUGAUAUUGUUGUAUGGCCCAGCCCUACUAAUUAGCAUAUAAUACAUGUUUUCUUUCCUGCUCAAACUCCGAUCUUAAACAUGUAAGAAUAACAAUUAUUGAACAUUUUAUCGAACACACUUUAUUGAUAUUGAUUACGUCUCUAUUGAUAUCAUUUUAUGGCCCAGCCUUACUAAUUAGCAUAUAAUACAUGUUUUCUGUCCUGCCCAAAUUCCGAUCCGAUCUUCAUCAUGUAAGAAAAAAAAUUACUGAACGUUUUACCGAACACACUUUAUUGAUAUCGAUUACGUCUCUAUCGAUAUAGUUUUAUAUCAUGUUCUACUCUGUGAUGUCAAGUUUUAUGCUAACAUUUGGACGCAGUAAUAAUGCAAAUAUACGUCUGUUAAUGUUUUGCAAUGAUUUUGUCUUUAUUUUAGUCUCAUUUGCGAACCCAUACGGGGAAACCGACAGGAAGUCGGCCAUCUUGGUUUGGCGGCGAAAAAAAGGGGUGGUACUUUGUCGGACUUCUCCUCUGGACUUUGGCCAAAUGAGUGGCGGUUAAAAGGACAGAUAUUUCACAUAUCGCUGGUGGUAAAUUGCCAAAAUAAAUGUCCUACGCCGUAAGACGCGGGCGUGGCACAGCGCCAAACUUUGCUCCGAUUAGUCGCCACAAAACGUCAAGAACUGGGCUCCACAAAUUCAGAUCUUGAUCUUAUUUGGUAGAAAUGAUGAUGGCAGUCUGGAGUGAUUUUUAUUUUAUAUUGUUUUAUUUAAUUUGGUUUCACUUCAUUUUUUAUUUAUGUGUAUUUAUGGAUUUAAGGACAGCCCUGCUUUAAAGGUUUGUUUCUACAACUAAAUGGUCUGCUUGCAGUACUUAAACAGACGCCUAGGGGGCGCCAAAUCUCCAAUGCGUUUUAAGCUUCAUGUCACGCCCUCUUCCGGUUUUUAAACCGUAAUGACUUCCGGUUGUUUGCGCUUCCACUUCCGGUGCCGUGUUGCUAGCAUUAGUGUGCUAACCUUUUUAGCCAAUUUUGCAGCCAAACGCCUCGGACUCAUAAAACUUAUAAAAAUACAAACUUUUUUAUAAAAAUAUAAACAGUUUUAACACACAUAUGUUCUGUUAAACCACUAAUGCUAACAUAAGCUAGCCGAUUUUAUAUUGCUAAUAUUUUGUGCUUUGAAAAAUGUAACUGUAGUUGCAGACAGCCCCUUUAAGUCAUCACAUUGAAAAUAAAUUUAAAAAAUGACGUGACACAUGCCAACUUCAAAGAAAGGAAGUUUGAUUUUCGAUGUAUUUGAAUUGAAACAAAGAGUUUUUUUGUUUUGUUUUUAGAAUUGACGACUAUGUCGGAUCCUGUCACACUUCCGGUUGUUGGCGCGUCCACUUCCGGUGCCGAGGUGUUAACUGUUAAGGAAGUUUCAUUUUUUAUCUAUUUGAAUUGAAACAAAGACUGUUUUUUUGUUGUGUUUUUUUUAAACCUUUAUUUAUAGUAUUCCACAUUUACAACAUUAACAUACAAGCAAAUAAAUAGUAAUAAUCAAAACAAGUACAAAAACAGUACAGAACAGCACCUUUACACAUAUAUAUAUAUAUAUGUGUAAAGGCAUAGGCUCACACAAGUUCCGUAAAUAAUCCAAAUUUGGAGCAAAGCAUCAUAGUUUUUACAGUUUUUUUGUUGUUAGAGGUAGAAAGCGUUUUAAAGAAAUGUUCUAAUUAUUUUAUUUAUUUAAUUAUUUAUUUUUUAAGAAUUGUCUACUCCAUCGAAUUCUAUCACACACUUCCGGUUGUUGGCGCGUCCACUUCCGGUGCCGAGGUGUUAACUGUUAACUGGU